GCGGUGACGUCAUCCAGAUAAGGCGGUCAUUUAGGGGGGCCGCCCUGCUUGGGAUGCUUGCUGGAGUGCGAGGACUCUACUCCUGUGUGACGCUCCCUGCGACGGAGGUUUCCAGUACAGACAAGAGACCAAUCCUUUUUGAUUACUCAACAUGGCUAACAAGGGACCAGCCUAUGGACUGAGUAGGGAAGUACAGUCCAAAAUUGAGAAGAAAUAUGACAAUGAACUAGAGUCCCGCUUGGUUGACUGGAUCAUUGCCCAGUGUGGAGCACAAGUGGGUCGACCAGCUGAAGGCAGACUUGCAUUCCAGUUGUGGCUGAAGGACGGCACUAUUCUUUGUCAGUUGAUCAACAGCCUGCAUUCACCAGGUUCCCAGCCUAUUAAAAAGAUCCAGAGUUCCACAAUGGCUUUUAAACAGAUGGAACAAGUGUCACAGUUUCUUAAGGCAGCCGAGGAGUAUGGAGUAUCUAAAACAGACCUCUUCCAAACUGUUGAUCUGUGGGAAGGAAAGGAUAUGGCAGCAGUUCAGAGAACUAUGAUGUCUUUAGGUAGCAUUGCAGUAACAAAAGGUGAUGGAUUUUACAGUGGAGACCCAAACUGGUUUAUGAAGAAGGCUCAGGAAAACAGGCGUGACUUCAGUGAUGAACAGCUGCAAGAGGGAAAGAAUGUGAUUGGCUUACAGAUGGGCACCAAUAGGGGAGCUUCACAGGCUGGAAUGACUGGCUAUGGACGACCAAGACAGAUCAUGUGAAAACUACUAUAUUCAGUCAUUUAAAACUGAAAACUAAUUCCUUAUAGUUUCUUUUCAUAUCUCCAAGUUAUGAAAGCUAGGCACACAGUACAACUGAUAAAAUAACCCACAGAAUACAGCAGCAGAAAGUGUACUAUUAAGUAUGUUAUGAUUAUGUUGGUUAUUUAUUAUGUGAAACACCGCAGUCUUAGAUCAUUUCAAAGUGUUGUGGUUUAUGUUUAGAAAAUGAAAGGGGAAAAUUGCAUCAGUCUUCACACAAUCAGUAUUGUAAAAUGUUUGUUCAGGUUUUCUUUUUUUUUUUUUUUUUUUUAACACGGUUAAGAAUUAGUUGGUUAAGUGUACCAUCCCUGAGAUAUAGUUUUGUCAGUUGCAAACUUCCUAAAAAAUGAUAACAUUUUAUAAGAACAUUUUCAGAUGUAGAAAAGCAAGUCAUCCUUAGUAAAGCUAGAUUCUGACUUCGCUUCUUCAUAAUUGUAUAUUUUUUGUAAAAAUCAAGAGGUUAAACUAAAGCCCUACAGUUUGUAAGUUUGUAUUUUUUGACAAAAUAAAGGAUUCAGUCUUGCAACAGCA